ACCCUGCGUAGUGGCGUGACGAAUCCUGGGACCGGAAGUAGGGCUGCACGGGGCGCCGGGUCUGACGGGAACCGUGCGCGCUCGGAGGUCUCCGGUGGCGGCCUGAGCGGAGCCCCCGCCCCGCCAUGGGUCUCCUGUCGGACCCGGUGCGCCGGCGCGCGCUCGCCCGCUUCGUCUUGCGCCUCAACACUCCGCUCUGCGUGCUGAGCUACGUGGCUGGCAUCGCCUGGUUUUUGGCGCUGGCUUUCCCGCCGCUAACCCAGCGCACUUACAUGUCGGAGAACGCCAUGGGCUCCACCAUGGUAGAGGAGCAGUUUGUAGGUGGAGACCGCGCCCGGAACUUUGCCCGGGAUUUCGCUGCCCACCGUAGGAAGUCGGGGUCUCUGCCAGUGGCCUGGCUGGAGCGAUCGAUGCGAUCCGUAGGGCUGGAGGUCUACACUCAGAGCUUCUACCGCAAACUGCCCUUCCCGGAUGAGACCCACGAGCGCUAUAUGGUGUCAGGUACCAAUGUGUAUGGCAUCCUGCGGGCCCCACGUGCUGCCAGUACCGAGUCCCUGGUACUUACUGUGCCCUGUGGUCCAGACUCCACAAAUAGCCAGGCUGUGGGGCUGCUGUUGGCACUUGCUGCCCAUUUCCGAGGGCAGAUCUACUGGGCCAAAGACAUAAUCUUCCUGGUAACAGAGCAUGAUCUUCUGGGCACUGAGGCUUGGCUUGAAGCCUACCAUGACAUUAAUGUUACAGGCAUACAGUCGUCUCCCCUGCAGGGAAGAGCUGGAGCCAUUCAGGCGGCUGUGGCCCUGGAGCUGAGCAGUGAUGUGGUCACCAGCCUCGAUGUGACCGUGGAAGGACUCAAUGGUCAGCUGCCCAACCUUGACCUGCUCAACCUCUUCCAGACCUUCUGCCAGAAAGGGGGGCUGUUAUGUACACUCCAGGGCAAGCUGCAGCCCCAGGACUGGACAUCACUCGAAGGACCAUUGCAGGGUCUGCAGACCCUGCUACUCAUGGUUCUGCGGCAGGCCUCUGGCCGGCCCCAUGGCCCCCAUGGCCUUUUCCUGAGGUACCGAGUGGAGGCUCUGACCCUGCGUGGCAUCAAUAGCUUCCGUCAAUACAAGUAUGAUUUGGUGGCAGUGGGCAAGGCUCUGGAGGGCAUGUUCCGCAAACUCAACCACCUCUUGGAGCGCCUGCACCAGUCGUUCUUCUUCUACCUGCUGCCAGCCCUCUCCCGCUUCGUCUCCAUCGGCCUCUACAUGCCUGCCGCUGGCUUCCUGCUCCUGGUCCUUGGACUCAAGGCCCUGGAGCUGUGGAUGCAGUUACAUGAGGCAGGAGUGAACCCUGAGGAAGCUGGGAAGGCUCCUGGCCCUGGGUCUCCACCCUUGGCAGCACAGGGCGUGAGCCUGGCCUCGCUUAUGGCACCCCUACUGAUCUCUCAGGCCAUGGGUCUGGCCCUCUAUGUCCUACCUGUGCUGGGCCAACAUGUAGCUGCUCAGCAUUUUCCAGUGGCUGAAGCUGAGGCUGUCGUGUUGACGCUGCUAGCAAUUUAUGUAGCUGGCCUAGCCCUUCCACACAACACCCACCGAGUGGUCAGCUCACAGGUCCCAGACAGGGGCUGGAUGGCACUGAAGCUGGUAGCCCUGAUCUACCUAGCCCUGCAGCUAGGUUGCAUCGCUCUCACCAAUUUCUCCCUGGGCUUCCUGCUGGCCACCACCAUGGUCCCGGCUGCUGCACUCACCAAGCCCCAUGGACCGCGGCCACUCUAUGCUGCCCUCCUGGUGGUGACAAGCCCAGCAGUCACACUCCUUGGUAGCCUGUUCCUGUGGCGAGAACUGCAGGAGGUACCACUGUCUCUGGCAGAGGGCUGGCAACUCUUCCUGACAGCACUGGCCCAGGGCGUGCUGGAGCACUACACCUAUGGCGCCCUCCUCUUCCCGAUACUGGCCUUGGGUCUGUAUCCCUGCUGGCUGCUUUUCUGGAAUGUUCUCUUCUGGAAGUAAGAUCUCUGGAGCAGAGAUCCCCAUGCCUCCGUUCUACCUCCUCCCUGGGAAAUAAACAAGAUCUAUGUUUCUGUUCAUUGGGACCCUGGCCCUCUGUCUACUCAGAGACCCUAGCAGUUGGCUAGGCAUUCCUCCUCAGCUCUCUGAAGGAGCCACCCCGGUGCUCCUCUCCUGAUGGCUGGAGUGGCAGCCUGGCCCCAUUAGCAUCUGGAGGAGAGCCUCAAGUGCAGAGCCUACCUUCACACACAGUCCUGCGGGGUGGGUACCCGGUUACCAGUGCAGUGCUCCUCAGUGCUGUGCUAGAAAUAAUUUGUGGCAGCCAGGGUUUGAGGGUCUGACAGGAACUGAGGCACCCAGAGACCACACAGCACCACCUUUGGUCUGCGUUAAGAUGAGCUGGAUGCUUGGGGUUUAGGCCAUGUUUCUAGCCAAGGCUAGAAUUUUAGUGUGGGCUAUAUAUGGAGGAACACCAGGCUCCACUUACACUAGCACAAGGGGAGGUGCCCACUAGAGGCAGAACUCAAAGUCUGGCUAGUACCCAGAAACAAUAGACUAAGGCCCGCACAAAAGGUGGCAGGUCAGGACGCAAUCCUGAGAAGGAACUGUAGUACCUUUUGUGGAAGAAGGAAAGAAUGAUGUGAUGUCAUUAGUGAUGUCAGGACCGUGUGGGAAACUGUGGGGCCUAACACAGCUGCUCUACCCAAGAAGGCUAUAGAGUCCACUCAGGACCUUCUGGGAUGCCUUCUGAUGGGGCCUGGCUUCUCAAUAUUGGUUCCUUUUGGCCUUUGUGAUUCUCAAAUUCUUUUUCACUUGGAGCCAAAGCUCAGUAUGUAAAGUCAGCUGCUGCUAGUCUGACAACCUGACUUUGAUCCUAGGGACCCACAUGGUGGAAAGAGAGGGCCAGCUCCCACAAGUGGUCCUCUGACCAUUCGUGCACUGUGGCAUGCAUAUAGCUAUAUACACAAAAAUUUUUUAAAUUUUAAAGUUUCUUUAGGGAGGAAAAAAUGGGGGGGGGAACUGCAGUCAGGAUGUAAUGUAUGCGAGAAGAAUAAAUAAAAAAUAAAAAUUUCUUUGGGAUCCCUGUGGACACCAUUGAUCUACCUGGGCAGGAGCCUAUGGAUUACACAUGGAGGGAAUGUGUGAGAACCCAUUGUGACAAGUAGCCUUGUAAUUGAGUCCAGUUUCUUACCCUUAAGGCCCUUCUCCAACCCUGCUUGCUUCCUGUCUCUGCCCUCGGGAGUGCUACAUCCUGGGUACAUCGUAGGCCUUGCUCUAUGUAGUUACCUAGGAAACCUUGUCUGUGUGCCUUUUGUCUUUGAACUGUCAUCUGGUACAAAAUUCCCCUCCCUGCAUUUUGGCUGGUUUUGGCCUCAGCUGUCUUUAACAGAAUGUUAGCAGUCACUUAAAACACAAGUGGACAUAUAUUUAUUUAGGGAACAUACACAGGAAGAAAGCUAA